AUGUCUAACAUUCAAUGGGAUCCUCUGACUACCUGCGAGAUGAAUAUUCCCUCUCAAGAGAGCAGGACUUGCUGCGGUCGCACUAUCAAGGGUGCUUCUUGCAAGAGCCGUAUUACAUUAUCGGUGGUCCAAAGGGGCCACCAAAAAUUGAUGAGCCUAGCCAGACGCCCACUGGACUUGGCGACCUUGGAGCUCUGCCUUCGUGAUAUUGCAAAGUGCUUCUUGUGCACGAGUUGGCACCAGAGCCGGCAAACCGAUGAUGUUGCUCAAAGAUGGUAUCAAGCCGCUGUUCGAAACUCGACGCCAUUCAGUGGUACCGGCCGUUCGCAUUCACCGCCGAUAGCGCAUUCGUCUUCGAGAACCUCAGUCGUUCAGACAUCGGAGCUCGAUCCCACCGUCCAGUUAUGUACGCCCAAUACACCACCCCACAUGCCUGCUACAAGCCUGCCAUCUCCGAGCAUGGGGUCGUUUGUCACAGCUGCAACACUCAGAUCAAACAAUGUCCCGUGGAAUAUCUCGCCUGACCAUCCCGCUUUCCUAUCGUGCGUCACCAAUAUUCGGGCCGGCGUGCAAGGCAUAGAGCUUCAUAGUCUAGGCCACAGCGAUGGUUUCACCGAUAUACACUGCGUCUUUUGUCUGACAGAAGCUGAAGGAAAUUCACGGGAGACAGUGGUCCUAUGCUGCAUACAGUGCGGUGCUUUGUCACAUCUGGGGUGCAUGGAAUGGUGGAUGAAGAAUAGGGACAGAGGUUUCAAAAAGUCCUGUUUUGCUUGUGGCAAUGAGGGUGCCCUAAAGGCUUUCAUUCGUUCGAGCGGAGCCUUAGAGUGCGGGACGGGCGCAUGCGCUAGCCAUGCCACCUCAGAAACGGAUCCUUUGCCUACCCACAUAGCAAGAGCCGUAAUGCCCGAUCCAACCGCUUGA